AUGCUCACGUCCAACGCUCGCAAUGGGUCGUCCACGACGGGCUCCGUAACUGUCGGCGUGUCGACUUUCACGACCGCACCUGGUGCUAUUGACCGCACAGUGACAGUCGCUGCAACGCAAAUGAGCUGUGGGAACCCCGAGGAGAAUAUCAAAAAGGCCGAGUCGCUCGUACGGAUUGCCAGUUCUCGGGGAGCGCAAGUGAUUCUGCUCCAAGAGCUCUUUCAGUUCUCGUACUUUCCGAUUGAGCUCAAUGCCGGCAAUUUCCUGCUGGCCACGACGCUCGAAGAGUCGGCGCUCGUGCAGGGAAUGGCAUUGCUGGCGAAAGAACUGCAUGUGGUGAUCCCCAUUAGCUUUUUCGAGCGGUACCGGAACUCGUACUACAACUCGUGCGCAGUGAUCGACGCUGAUGGAAGUGUGCUGGGUGUUGCACGCAAGAGCCACAUUGGCGAUCGACUCGGGUACAAUGAGAAAUACUACUUUACGCCAUCGGACGACUCGUACAAAGUGUGGAACACGCGCUACGGACAGAUUGGAGUAGCAAUUGGGUCGGACCAAUGGUAUCCAGAGGUCGCUCGCAGCUUAGUUGUGCAGGGCGCCGAGCUGUUGCUGUACCCGAGUGCAAUGGGCAGCAACCAGUACGAUAUCAACUUUGAUCCGCGUGACCAAUGGCAACGGGUGAUGCAGGGCCAUGCAGCAGCCAACAUGGUCCCGGUGAUUUGCUCCAACCGCGUGGGCGCAGAAGUCGUCGAUGGCAUCCGAGUCACGUUUGUCGGGUCCUCGUUCAUCACGGGCCAAACGGGCGAAAUGCUCAAGAUCGCGGAUCGGGAAUCGGAAGGAGUGCUCGUGGAAAGCUUUGACCUCGAGAAGCUCCAUGUUCGACGGGCGAGUUGGGGCCUCGUUCGAGACCGCCGACCGAAUUUGUAUGGACUCCUCGUCACUCGUGAUGGGUCCAAGUAA